AUGUCCUCGUUCGCCGCACCGUGCGGUCCAUUCUGCACGGAUCAACUGCACAACCACUCGCACCUCCAUCACCAUCACCACCAGUCACCGCAGGCGCGAGGUGCAACCGGGCCCAGCACUCCGAAUAAUCAGCGCACAGUUCUGGAGCCCCCCUUCACCCCCGCCGACAGACCGUCCUCGCCACGACACUACUCGACCGCCUCGACGUCUAGGAACACAGCGCAGCCGGCCGACCUCCUCCUCGACUCCCCUGCCUCUGCGUACAACCAGGCUGAGGUGACACUGCCCAACCUCCGCCCAGAAGAUUCCUUCGCCUAUGCACAGGACUUUGGCUGGUCAUCCGAUGCUUUCGAACUUCUCGGGAAUCUACCUUCAAGCGAAGACUCCCUCUUUGUCUCGCUGGCCGACCAUAAUUUCCAGCCCUUUGGCUGGGUCUCUGCUCCAGAUCAGCAGCACCUUCCUCCUCAAUCUCACAUUGCUUCCACAUCUAACUCAGUUCCGGCUGCACGACUCAACACAAGCUUAACCUCGAACAACACGUCGAACCUCACCUCAUCCUCAGGUGCAUCAAUCACUGGCCCAUAUUUCGACUCACUCGAAUCGUUCGGCGCCGAGCCCGAAGACCUCUCCCACACAGCUCAAUCCUCGUUUACAUCCGUCGACAUGCCCAAUUCUACCAGGCGCCCACAAGCUGCACCCAUAACCAUCGAUGAUUACUUGCCACCACCCUGUGGCCGUGUCAAGCGUCGACGCGUCGGCGACACAGGAAGGAACAAUUUGAACCCUGUCCCGACGCCAAAAAUCGAGGGUUCGUUUGCUGAGUCCGAGAGUGCGGGGACCGACAUUUUCGAUGCGGACGACAACACCCCGUUUAUGAUUGAUCUGACCGAGACCAACAACGAGUUGCCAGACGACCUGAUAGACAUCGCCCCUGUUCCCAAGGAGGAAGACAAAAGGAUUAAGCUGUCUGCUUUCCAAUGCGUGAUCUGUAUGGAUGAUGCUUCCGUCUUGACCCUGACGCACUGCGGUCACAUGUACUGCGCCCAGUGCCUCCAUUCAUCCCUCACUGUAGAAGCAACCAAAGGCAAAUGCCCAAUGUGCAGACAAAAAGUCGAUAUGAGAAGCCGCGACUUGUACAAUAGUAAGGUGAAGGGCUUCUGGCCUCUCGAGCUCAAGUUGAUGACCUCAACGCGCAAGGGGAAGCGCAAAGCUGGCAACCUCUCAUAG